AUGGCAGUACCAAACACGUUUGACGGUGAAAUCGAUCUUGGUAUUAUUGGUGGUACAGGUCUGUACCAUCUUGAAUGCUUGGAGAAACUUGCAGAAUUACCACCAAUGGAGACACCAUGGGGUACUACAUCUUCACCAAUAGUUAUUUCUAAAGUUGCAGGUGAUAGUGGUCAUUUCCAUGUGGCAUUCAUUGCAAGACAUGGUAGACAUCAUCAAUAUCCUCCUUCAAAAGUUCCUUUCAGGGCUAAUAUGGCAUCAUUGAAACACUUGAAGUGCAAAGCAGUACUGUCGUUUAGCGCUGUUGGUUCGUUGCAAGAAAAAAUCAAACCAAGAGAUUUUGUAUUGCCUCAACAAAUUAUCGAUAGAACUAAAGGUAUCAGAAACUCUUCCUUUUUGAACGAUGAGGGCCUAGUCGGUCAUGUUGGAUUUGGUGACCCAUUUUCAUAUUCUUUUGCGCAAUAUAUAUAUCAAUUUAAACAUCUGUUGGCAAACAAUGAUGCGCCGGAUGAGCCAUGCAAUUUGCAUUUCGACAAGGAGACCACAGUGGUUUGCAUGGAAGGUCCGCAGUUCUCUACUCGUGCAGAAUCCAAAAUGUACAGAAUGUUUGGUGGUGAUGUCAUCAAUAUGAGUGUCAUUCCUGAAGCUAAACUGGCUCGUGAAUGUGAACUACCAUAUCAAAUGAUCUGUAUGUCAACAGAUUAUGAUGCUUGGAGAGAUGAAGAGGAACCCGUUACCGUCGAAACCGUCAUUGGAAAUUUGAGUAACAACGGUCAUAACGCAAAUUUACUAGCGUCCAAAGUUAUCGAAGAAAUGGCAAACGAAUUGCCUGAAUUCAUGAAAACUGGUGACGGUUUAAGAGGCUCAAUAAAAAUGUCAAUUUCUACAAAGCCACACGCAAUGUCGAAGGAAACUUUAGCAAAAUUAAAUUUCUUAUUUCCUGAUUUUUAA